GUGUCGCAAUUGUCCAGGCGGGUAGUUGGAUCGGCUGCAUAAAUGAUCGAAGCAGAAGUCACGGAAUACGUGGACUGAUCAACAACAGAGGUUACAAAUAGAGAAGUACGAAUAAAGUAUUCGCUAGCUUGCUAGCUACCCGGGUCCAAGUAUGUUUCCAGCCAGCAGGUAUCCACUGCAAGUACGAACAUGCGUCCGGGCUCUGAAGGCCCUGCACAGAGAUCAGUUACCGAAUAUACCGAGGUGGUGCUCCACGGCCGCGCCUGUGCCGCGCAUUACGUCGCACUACACUGUCUACCCCAGGGAGAAGGACCCGCGAUGGGAAGGAGUGGAGAUGGAGAGGUUUGCAGAUGAAGCGGAUGUGGUGAUUGUGGGAGGUGGCCCGGCAGGCCUGUCAGCCGCCAUCCGACUGAAGCAGCUGGCCAACGAGCACGAGAAGGAGCUACGCGUGUGCCUGGUAGAGAAGGCCUCCCAGAUCGGUGCUCACACCUUGUCGGGUGCUUGCUUGGAGCCCAGCGCCCUCAACGAGCUUUUCCCUGACUGGAAAGAGAGAGGAGCACCUCUUAAUACGCCAGUUACAGAAGAUGUAUUUGGAAUUUUAACAAAAAAGUACAGAAUUCCAAUCCCAAUUCUACCAGGUCUUCCGAUGAAUAACCACGGUAACUACAUUGUUCGGCUUGGCCAUUUUGUCCAAUGGUUGGGGGAGCAGGCAGAGGAGCUGGGAGUGGAGAUAUAUCCUGGAUAUGCUGCUGCGGAGGUAUUGUUUCAUGAAGAUGGAAGUGUUAAGGGGAUUGCGACAAAUGAUGUGGGAAUAGCUAAGGAUGGUUCUCCUAAAGAUAUAUUUGAGAGAGGUAUGGAGCUUCAUGCUAAGGUAACUCUCUUUGGUGAAGGCUGCCAUGGGCACUUAGCAAAGCAACUCUACAAGCACUACAACCUGCGAGAGCACUGUCAACCUCAGACUUAUGCCAUUGGGCUAAAAGAGGUGUGGGUCAUUGAUGAAAAGAAAUGGAGACCAGGCAGAGUUGAACACUCAGUCGGGUGGCCUCUGGACAGAAACACUUAUGGCGGGUCUUUCCUGUAUCAUUUAAAUGAAGGGGAACCAUUGGUGGCCUUAGGAUUUGUGGUGGGCUUGGACUAUCAGAACCCCUACCUGAGCCCCUUCAGAGAGUUCCAGCGCUGGAAGCACCACCCUUCUGUGGCCCCAACCCUGGAGGGUGGAAACAGGAUAGCUUACGGAGCCAGAGCCCUGAACGAAGGCGGAUAUCAGUCCCUGCCGAAGCUGACCUUUCCCGGAGGCCUGCUGAUGGGCUGCAGUCCUGGGUUCAUGAACGUUCCGAAGAUCAAAGGCACACACACGGCCAUGAAGAGCGGAAUUCUGGCGGCCGAAGCGGUCUUCAGCAAGAUCACCGAUGAGGACCUGCAGUCUGAGACCGCCGGCGUUCAUGUUCAUGAAUAUGAAGAGAACUUGAGAAAAUCUUGGAUUUGGAAAGAGCUGUAUGCAGUGAGGAACAUCCGGCCUUCUUUUCAUAACUAUUUUGGGCUUUACGGGGGAAUGGUGUACACCGGCAUAUUUUACUGGAUGUUCAGAGGGAAAGAGCCCUGGACCUUGAAACAUGCAGGUAGGGACUCUGCUCAGCUGAAACCAGCGAAGGACUGCACCCCGAUCGAGUAUCCUAAGCCAGACAGCAAGCUCAGCUUCGACCUGCUCUCUUCCGUGGCCCUGAGCGGGACCAAUCACGAGCACGACCAACCCCCGCACCUCACCCUCAUGAACGACAGUGUGCCCGUCGCCCAGAACCUGGCCAUUUAUGACGGACCCGAGCAGAGGUUCUGUCCCGCAGGAGUGUACGAGUUUGUUCCUCUCGAGUCCGGGGAGGGCAUGAGACUGCAGAUCAAUGCGCAGAACUGUGUUCACUGCAAGACCUGCGACAUCAAGGACCCCAGCCAGAACAUUAACUGGGUGGUACCAGAGGGCAGCGGGGGACCAGCGUACAACGGCAUGUGAUAUCAGAGGUGUCCGUGGGCACAUACGUGGCAGUGUUUAAUGGUACAAAUCCGUCUUCAAGUUCACCACGUGCCUACUGAAUUUAACUGUGUGAGAACGCAUUGAACGCACAAUCAGAGACUCGAUUUAAACCAAUGAAAUGUAAUAAUGAGAAGUUAUCCAUCUGCUAUAUGUAGGACAAUAUAGUUGAAAAACAAAUUUAACAGUUAUUUUUAUAUGGCACACAAGAUAAGCUGUAAGUAGGUAACUGGCCUUGGUUGGCAGGCAUUGGGGUGUCCCAGCCAAUCUUGCCUUGAAUUUGAGAUCUCUUGAAGUUUGUACCUCAUGGGUCAAUGUUUAUUUGUGGACUGUUGCGGGCACAAGUAUCUGUACAGCUGUGUUUUAUUUAUAUACAGAAUGGUAAAGUACUGUGUGCCAGGACAUUAAACUAAGGUGAUGUCUUUUAAAAUAAACAUUUAAAACAAUGGCA